AUGCACGUCACACAACACGCUGCCGAGCUUUGUGCUCUCCUAGUCAGCGAUCUCUAUGGCGAACUUCCAUCGCGCAUCUUCGCUACCUUGCUCACAAAGGGACGCUGCACCGUUUCACAAUUGGCGCAGCAUACGGCCCUCACUCCUCGACAACUCCGACACGGACUAGCUGUUCUAUUUCAGCAAAACCUCCUUUAUACGCGAGCAGACCCCGAGUCGAGAACCACCUGGUACGAUGCGAACCCGGACGCCUGCUACAACCUUGUCCGAACUGGCAAGGUGGUAGAGGCAGUCAACUAUCAAUUUGGCCCUAUGGAGCGCGAGCUUGUCCAGAACUUACUCCAAUUUGGUCAUGCCCGCGUCCAUGAUCUGAGCCAGGCCUUUGCCUCCAGAUACCCUUCCUUGAAUGGGAAGUCCAACGGCUCCAACGGCCAUGCUACUGGCGAUAUGAUUGCGUCGGACGAUGACCUCAUGAUCGUUCUCGCUCGUCUGAUCCAGGCAGACAUUAUCGAGACCGUUCGCCCAGAAUCGUUUCGCAACCCCAUCGACGUUUUCGACGAUAUCAAGCAAGACGUCACCAAAACUUCGCCGGGAGAAAAGGCGACCAAGACCAAAAUGGAGAUAGAACAACAAAUUGCAAACAGGUGGAAAUCCUUCCGCGAUCAAGGAAAGGGUGUCAAACGCCAGCUCGACCAGACCCGUGGCAGCAUGAGCAAGCGCCGGAGGCUGCACAAUGGGCGGGCUGCCAACGGGGCCUUUGAUGACGAAACAGUACCACAGCUAGGCCCCAACCUCGUCGUCAGGAUCAACUACGAAAAAUGCUUGGUCGACCUGCGGAACAAGCGUCUUGCGGACUUUGCCGCAGGAUGUCUUGGUGAGACGACGGGCGAGGUGUACCGCACACUCCUGGGCCUUUUGACGGCAAACACCCCCAGACCCCGAAAGGAUGAGUUAAUAGAAGAAGAGACGGGACCGCUGCCCACAGCCACCACCCUAGACAUAUUCGAACAUCUAGACGAGUCGGUCAACGUGGCCAGUGGCAUCGGGAAAGUUUCCAAGAGCAACGUGGAUGACAUCAGCGCCGAAAAAGUUCGGCCCAACGCUCCGCAGUCGGAUGACGAGUCGGACGACGAAUCCGACGAAGACGAAGAUGCACCACGGCGAUCGGGAAUAAGUCGUAUAACACUAGAUGACGCCGACGACGACAAUGAUGACGACGAACAGCACGCACACACGAAUGGGAAUGGCACAAACGGCACCCGAGAGACCAAGGUCAAAUUCAAGGACGAAGGCGCACCCCCGGCCAGCCGCGUCGACCAGAUGCGGCAGCACCUACUCCUCCUGGCGGAGAGCCAGCACCGAUUCGUUCGACACUGCGGUACCCAGGGACGCGGCCAGUGGACGGUGGACUUUGAGCUGCUGAUGGAGCGGAUCCGCGAGUCAGAACUGGACGCCAUCAUCGAGCAGUCGUUUGGGCGGCACGGACUCCGGCUCACGCGCAUCCUGCGCGAGAAGGGCAAGCUGGACGAAAAGAUGCUGCACUCGGCGGCUCUCAUGAGGAAGCCCGACGUGCAGGGCAAGAUGCUGGCCAUGGAGAUGGCGGGACUGGUGGACAUACAAGAGGUGCCCAAGGACAGCAGCCGUAUGGCUAACCGCACCCUAUUCUUCUGGUACUUUGACGCCGAGCGCACCCGCUCCCAGCUGCUCGACGACAUCUACAAAGCCAUGAUGCGGUGCCUACAGACGCUCCAGGCUGAGAGGCACAAGGAGAGGAACAUCCUGUCCUUCGUCGAGAGGAAGGACGUCCAGGGUAAAGAGGAGGAGGUCAUGACGGCCGAGCACUACAACAAGUACAAUGAGCACCUUCAGAUUCAGGAGAAACUGAUUGCACAGCUCAUGAGGCUGGAUGACAUGGUGUCUAUAUUCAGGGAUUUUUAA